AUGGACAAAGAAAAUACAAGUUCAAUAGUUUAUGUACCAUUAAAUCUUAGUACUAAUGAACCAGUAAUUCUUGAUGACAAUGAAUCAUUAAUUGAUAAUAAUGAACCACUUGUUGUUGCUAAAAACAAACCUGUUAUUCGUGUUCAUAAUAGAACAUUUGUUCGUAGUAAUAAUAAAUCAUUUACUCGUGAUCAUAGUAAAGGACUUGUUUCUGGUAAUAAUGAACCAGUUCUUUUUGAAAAAGGUAUUCGAGGUACAAUCGUUACGGUCAAUCGUCUUAAACACUAUGCGUUCAUAAAAAGAAAAGAUAAAGUCGAAUCACGUGAUAUUUUUGCACGUGAAGCGUCAAUCAUCAAUGAAUUACAUCAAAAGAAGUUUUUUAUAUCAGAUAGCUGCAAAUUUGAUACGAUAAAAACUGCACGUGGUAUUGAAGCGGUUAAUAUAAAAAUCGAAGAAAGACACAUAAAUAGUAUCGCCAAACUCCCCAAAAUACCUAAAAAAAAAGAAACAAAUGAACAAACACAUAUUUCUGCUGAUCUUUUUCGAUCUACUAUGUAUGACUUAAUGUAUUUCUUUUAAUUUAAAUUAAACUAUAUCUUAUUUUAGU